AGUACGAUGCAAUAGUACGACAAGAUGAACCAGGAGUAGAAUAUGGCCGAGGUCAAAGACCGAGAGGAUCCGUUCAUUAUGAUGAUGGAUUAACAGAGGAGCAAUGGGUUAAUGCUAUUGAAGAUGAAGAUAUUGAUGUUGAAGAUCUAAUUGCUAAAAAACAAGCUGCUAAAAAACGGCGUUUGGUUAAAAAGUCACAAAAACUUCACAGUUCCACACAUCCGGAUAUAUCACAUAAUUCAACACCACAUCCAGAUGAAUCAAGCGCGGAUGCAGCCGAAUAUAAAAAGAAACGUGGGCGACCACGAAAAGAUGAAAUGCCCAGUGUUGAUGAUAACAAUGCACACGACAUACAGUCUAAGCAAUCAAAAAAGAAAGGAAAAGGAAAACGAGUUGAAACUAGCGAUUUUGAAACAUUUGAUCAACCAAAAAAUAAAAAACGGAAGCAACAGCCUAAAAAAAUUCAUGAGCAAACAUCAUCUGAUACUGUAUCGCCUCAUACUAGGGAUCGGAUGAGACGUAUUUUUAACAGAUGUUAUUCCGCAGUUGAGAACUUAAUGGAUGAUACUGAAGGGUUUGAUAGUCAUUUCAUAUUAUUUUAUUUAUAUUUGAAUGUCUAUGAUGGAUUCAAUAAUCACUUAUUGGUUUCAUUUGAUAGAGAGCCUCGACAGCGAGCAUACCUCUUCCUUACACUUCCUAGUAAAAAGGAGUACGACUAUUAUUACACGGUCAUUAAUAAUCCAAUUGCAAUGGAUACAAUAAAGCGUAAGAUCAAGUUUAAUCAUUACCAAUCAGCGGCUCAAUUUCGGGAUGAUUGGCAUUUAAUGUUUAAUAAUGCAAGAACAUUUAACGAAGAAGCAUCAACAGUGUAUAAUGAUGCGGAAAAAAUUACAG